GGCUUCUAUGGGAUGAAGGAAGAACCGGAGCGCUCGGUCUCAUUUGCAGCUCCUCCGAAGCAAGCAGCUAUCCCGACUCUGCCCUCUGCACGGGGCUUUCGCUGCUGGAGAGUGGAGUGGCCCCAUCCCGGUUGGAGGGAUGGAGAGAUGCGGUGUUUGAAGCAGAACAACCUUUAGAGGUGCUUUAAAGCGGCUGCUUGAAAGGCACCAGCGGUCGGGAUGUGCAGAGACAGCCCGACACAACACCUGCCUGGAGCUGCUUGAACCCCGCUGUGACCCAAAAAGCUGCAUAGCCCUGAGUGUUCUUAGCCCGGCACGAUGCGGGAUGGGGCAUAGAAAGCUGUGGGAUGCUAUUGCGGAAUGUGUGAUGCUCCUUAAUGAUAAAACAGAGACUAGCAGGGGGUCGAGAGUGCUCUGGGAUGGUCACCGAGAGGCUGACAGUCAAGGUCAGAGCGGAGUCCUGGGAGUCAUCAUCAGUCAGUUGGGAGCAGUGCUGUGUCCCAGUGCCUUGGUAUCUGACAGCAGCUCUCAGCAUCUACAGUCACAGGCAGAGCUUGUUCUUACUAUGCCCAGAUCUUUGCACUGAAGAGCAGGGAGAGAACACCCCAGCUCAGGUGUUCUGACCUUGCAUACUUGUAAAGAUAAACCAGAGGCUUUUAGUGAUACUGGGCAGUGAGGAUGCAUGCAGGUCAUACCAGUAAUUAGGGUGCUGGGAUCAGCAUGUUAGUGUCUGCGUUGGAAACUUCAGAUCCUGGGGUACUCUGUGGCUGGGGCUUGGUGGCUCGGGCAGAACUGCACUGCUGGCAUUGGGGGCAUAGAAGCAGGGAUGCCAAACUCAGGAGGGGGCACAGCAGGGACUGCUGCACCUGCUGGAUACACGGGUGCUCCCAGGGCUCCCCUCCCAGAUGCAGUCCCUGUGCUGAAGGCAUCUCUGCUCUUUCCAGCUCUCUCUCAGCCUGGGUGCAGGUAGAGUCUGUGGUUAAUUGCUACUUAAGUGAACUGCCUUUGAUUCUGAUAUCAGCUUAGUUUCAAUAGAUUGCAGGGAAGAAAAAUAUUUUGGUAAAAAUCCCUGUUUGCACAGGGAUUUGAGCAGCAGUGGGAGUUCAGCCCCAAACACACCUGCCCAAGUGUGAACAUGGAGGUGUUCCUCUGGCUCCAGUUGCUUAAAUAAUUGAUCCAGAAACCACAUCAGCAGCAUGUGACUUCACAGCUGUUCCUGUGACAGGACCCCCUCAGCAAAAAGAACAAGAUGCCCAUGAAGUUUAAUCUCUCUUAGCCUCAAAAGAAGAACUGGGGAAUAACAGUUAUGGAUCCUUUAUACUUUUCCAACACAUUUAACAUGGACUCAAGUUCCAGUGAUUUGAACUCCUCGCUGCUGACAAAUACAACAGAGAAUGGGACACUCUCAGAGCAGCUCCCAUUCAAAUACAUCCACAAAGUCCUGAUUCCCAUCUUUUACAUCCUGGUAUGUGCAGUUGGACUCAGUGGCAACACAUUGGUUAUAUAUGUGGUUUUGCGUUAUGCCAAGAUGAAAACUGUCACCAACAUUUACAUCUUGAAUUUGGCUGUUGCUGAUGUACUCUUCAUGUUGGGCCUGCCCUUCCUGGCCACACAAAAUGCCAUCUCCUACUGGCCUUUCGGCUCCUUUCUGUGCAGGCUGGUUAUGACUGUAGAUGGUAUUAACCAAUUCACAAGUAUUUUCUGUUUGACUGUGAUGAGCAUGGAUCGCUACCUGGCAGUAGUUCAUCCCAUUAAAUCAACCAAGUGGAGACGUCCCAGGGUGGCCAAACUCAUCAGUAUGACUGUCUGGACGUUCUCAUUCCUGGUGGUGCUUCCAGUCUUUAUCUUUUCGGACGUGCAGGAAGACUUUCACACCUGCAACAUGAACUGGCCAGAGCCUGUCAACAUCUGGUCUGCAGCGUUCAUCAUCUAUACAUCAGUCCUUGGGUUCUUUGGUCCUUUGUUGGUGAUCUGUCUGUGCUACUUGCUGAUUGUGAUUAAAGUCAAAUCUUCAGGGAUUCGAGUUGGGUCUACAAGGCGCAGGAGAUCGGAGAGGAAAGUGACCAGGAUGGUGGUGAUCAUUGUGGUUGUCUUUGUGUUCUGCUGGCUCCCAUUUUACAUGAUGAACAUUGUCAAUUUGAUAUUUAUACUGCCAGAAGACCCUGUGCUGGUGGGGGUGUAUUUCUUCGUGGUGGUUCUGUCCUAUGCGAACAGCUGUGCCAACCCUAUUCUUUAUGGAUUUCUUUCCGACAACUUCAAGCAGAGUUUUCAGAAAGUCCUUUGCCUCCGGAAGGGCAAUGGCGUAGAGGAUGGUGACCCCAUUGAACACAGGCAAGAGAACAGCAGUCGCUUGCAGGAAUCAAUGUUAACCCAGAGGAAUAUUGAGUACAAUGGACACAUGCAGACUAGCAAGGUGUGAGGGCAUGGUGUGAGACUGCCAAGCACUUGUAGGCCUGGAGAACUUGAGAUUUAAGGGAAGGAUGAAAUCACAACUAAAAUCUGGAGGCCCAUCAGCUCCAAUGAAUGUACGGAGUCUUCUUUUCACUCCCUUCCCUUUCACAGCUAAAAGUGCUCUGGGUUAUACUGAGCUGUGUGAAGUUCUCGCGGUGUUUUAAUUAAGGCAGUCAGAUGUAUGUUACUGCUUCCUGUACUCUAGAGAACCAAUCUACUGGUACCCACUGCCAGCUUUGUCCUCCUCCAGUAAUCCAAAACAACACAAAAUGUGUUCUAUACACUUUGUUAAGCUGAGCUCGUGGCUGGGGUCAGCUCGAAACAGAAAACAUCUCAAAUAAUUCCUGUGAAAAUACCUUUGAAAGCCUUCAGAGGGGUCUCUUCAAAGAAAUGACACUAUUUCUCAACAGAAGUUCCACACAGAAAAGGUCACAGCACUGAUCAUGAAAUUAUGUAAAAUCCAUUGUUUUAGAGUGCUGUGUAGUCCAUUUGCAUUGUUCUACUGUUAUUAAUCCGUAUAAAUCUCAAAAGUAUUUGGGAGUCUUUCGAAUAGUAAGAAAGAAUAAUAAAUAAUAUAUUUAAAAUAACAAAAAAAGAGUAGGAGAAAAAUGUUGGAAGGAUACAACAUGUUUGUAAUACUUUCACAUUCUAAACCAAACUGCAUAUAAAAUGUAAUGUAUCCACUUUAUUAUUAUGUAAGUCAAAAUGAUUGUGAAGUGCUGGCAAGCUGUUAUGUAUAUUUAUUGGUUCUGAAUGUAAGUAUGGAUGUGAAUUUAAGCUGUAUUUUCAGAAAUUAAAACAAGUUCAACACCUUU